AUGGGGAAACAGAGUGGCCAUGGGAGAAGAGAGAAAAGGGAAGGAGAGGGACUUGACCGGCAGCACGUGAAGGACGAGGUCGCCGGAGGCGGGCACGCGCAGUGGAGCUGCUGGUCCUGUGGUGCUGCGAAGAAGACGGAGGGCGACGAGAACAAGUGGAUGCACGCACGGGAGUUCGAGGCGGCGGGGUCGACGUGCUCGGGAACGAGGGCGCCAUGGGAGGAGCACGAGAGGAACUCGGGGUGGCUGGGUUCGCCGGCGGCGACGGUGCCAUGGAGAGAGGAGCAAACGGGAGAAGCUCGCUCUCGGUCGGGGCAGCAGGGAUCUCUUGGUGGCUCCGACCGAAGGAGCUCGGGCUCGGGCGCUGGUUGGAUGCCUGCGGGUGCGGGUAGGAGGAAGGUAGCUAGGCUGAUUGGGGAUGGAUCCCAAGGGGAAUUUGGGUGGAGUGGCGGCGGAGGCGGCGGGUGGAUGGGACAAGGUCCCUAG